AUGCUCUAUCAGUAUCUGAUGGAUGAAGUCGCACGGAAACGGAUCAAGGUGGUCAAGAAAGGGGAUGAGAACAUCGCGCUGGACCGUAUUGACGAUGGCGACGGCAACACUCGGACAACGAGACUGGGCGCAGGAGAACCGGUGAAGAGCAAGGACACAGGAUUGCUCACGGUUAUGAGCAGGAGUCGCAGCGAGAAGCAGGGCAAAACGAGGAAGAAGCCGCGAGGGCUGUUCCUGGGUGUGGGCCACCGAGGUGGCAAUGGAGAGACGAGCGAUGACAGCACACCGCCCACACCACGCCUGCCUGCCCUUGCGGAGUCGACUGUGGAAGGAGAGGUGGUGAAGAGAGACAAUCGCUUGACGAUGUGA